AUCAAAGCACCCUGACACAACAACUGUGUUUUGUGUAGUUUCUUUCCAUGCCUGCAAUGCAAGAAACUGGAUUGAGGAAAUAGUACUGGCAAGGUUAUGAAUCUGAAUCUGUGAUGAGACAAGUCUUCAAGGUGUGACAGUGUGAUUAUACUAUAGUGAAGUACAUUGUAGGCGUGUACACUCAACCAACCAAAGUGUGCACGAGGAACAGUUGGUGAUGUGAACUAGUAUUUGUAAGCUGUUGAGUACAUUAACUCCAGCUGUACAGGGUGAAAGAUUAAAUACAUGCUUACACAAAGUCUGCAAAAAUUUGGCAUGUGACUCCAAUGCUCCAAACUAUGGCAUGUGACUCCCAACUAUGUUGCAUGUGACUUCAAACUUCUGCCUAACUGAUUAUUAGAAAUGCGGUCGCCUGAUAAAUCAUUUACAAGCUGAGUUGCUGCCAUCACAUGAUUUGAAUUAACUUCCCUGGGAAUAUAUUCUUCUGCAAAAUCAGAAAUUCUCAUUGACCGAACAGCCAUGGGGAAGAAAAGCAGCUUGUGUUGCUGCUGCCGACGUUCCGUCGAUGAUCUUGACGAUGAACACAUCACCAGCACGCCGAAUGAGAACACCCCGCUGAUGUCCUCUGGUCUCACGACGGUCUCGGAACUCGAAAAGUCAGUGAAAAAUGGCCAAAAUGGCCAAAAUAGCAAGCCUCAGCGCUGGUCCGAUAUUCCAGACGUCCUUGUUAUUAGCGCGACGGAGAAAUGCGACAAGGGCCAACAGGACAAAAGUGACGCGGAGAGGAGGAUUUCUUCCCAAAGCAAUCGUAGCAGCAAGGAAUCCAUGCACUCUGGAAAACCUGAAACACAGAAUGAAAAAGGGAACGUUCUCGCAUACGCAUUUAAAACAGUGGGCGAUCUAACUGUCGGCACUGCAACUGGUGUCCGAGCUGAUGACAUUUCACUUGCCGAGCAGGGAGGAGCCCAAGGAAGCGUGGGAUCUCUGGAGUACCGGGAUGAUCCAGAAGACACCAGGGUUGAUGAUGACGGAGAUGAGUCGUAUCUUGUAGCGGCUGAGGAGCCCUUGCCAGAGGAUCUACUUGCCAACCAAGAUAGUGCCCCCACCAUCGGCCAACUCGAAGUCGUCUUUGAUUACAGCGGGGACAGCAGUCGCAUGAAUGUCACCAUCAUGCGCGGCCUGAACCUCCCUACUAAGGACAAAGGCGGGGCCUCGGCCUGGCGACUCCGCAUCCUCCUCUACCCCAAGAAGCAGCGCACCAAGACCCGGAUCCGCGAGACAGAGGAGCCCGUCUUCAAGGAACUGUUCCGCUUCACCCGCAUCCGGCCCCACGAGCUGGUCAACACGGCGAUCCGGCUCCGGUUGUACGCCGCCGAGCGCAUGCGGAAGGAGAGGCUUGUCGGGGAAGGGCUGGUCAAGUUUGCCUCGCUGAGCACAUCGGCCCCGCAGACCGUCAUGGUCAAGCUGGUCUCCAGAAGUGAAACUCUUGGUGGGGGCAACGCCUCCCCCUACUCCAGCUCCUCGGACCUCUCCGCCAGUGGAGACAGCAACUCCUCCCUCCAGUCUCUCUCCCACGGUGGUCUACCGGAGCUCCUGGUGGGCCUGACAUACAACGCUACCACGGGACGACUGGCCGUGGAGCUCAUCAAGGGGAGUCACUUCAAGCAGCAAGCUGCUGGACGCGCUCCUGAUUCGUAUGUGCGCAUCUCACUGAUGUCUUCCAGUGGUUUUGAGAUGACUAAAAGCAAGACGUCCGUCCGACGCGGCCAACCCAACCCAACCUUCAAAGAAACAUUCAUCUUCCAGGUGGCCCAGUUCCAGCUGGCCGACGUGACCCUCAUGUUCACCGUCUUCAACAAGCGGGGCAUGAAGCGCAAAGAGACCAUUGGCUGGUUCUCCAUGGGCCUUAGCAACAGUAGCGACGAGGAGACGGGCCAUUGGAAGGAGAUGCGCGACUCCAAGGGCCACCAGGUCUGCCGAUGGCACAUAUUGUCCAACAAGUAGACGCAACCUGCAAACAUUGGAAACAUUGCAUAGAAAAUCUGGGUUCAAUUUCAUGCAGACGCUAAGCUUAGAAACUUGCUAAGCACAGAAAAUAUCUGCUUAGCAGAAACAGGUCACCAGCCAAAAUGCCAUUCAAUGGACAUUGUUUGUGACUGGUUCUCGGCGGUUAUCUGCUUAGCAAAAAAAAAUUGCUAAGUGAUUUUUAUAAGCUCCAUGAAAUUCAGCCCAGAAGACAAUAUAGCUGUUCAUUUACAUUUACCCUAACACUCUCAGAAUCAGAAUUCAUCAGGAUUAUUUUGCAGCAGUUUGGAGGAUUUUGCAGGUUUAAGUGUAUAUCCCAGCCAGUAUGAAUUUACAUGGUAUGAAGUAUUCAGGAAGGUUCUUAGAAAAUUGUCUGUGAAGUUAGGGUUAGCAUUCUGUGAAGUCACUUGCAAGGUUGAAUUGUCAUUCAGUGUUGUAG